AUGUGCUUCCAUGAAAUUAUCAAUGGAAACGAACCAGUGGCUGAAAGGUUGUCAUCGUUGGCUCAAAAUUACGACGUUGUAAAUUUACUGAAACCACCAAAUUCAAAGGUACAGAUCUUGAUACCAUCGCUAAGGAAAAAGGCGUUUUCUUUAGUUGAAGAAGUUCCAGAAGAGAUAAAAGUCGAGUGGAAAACAAUACAAAAGAAAAGUGAUGGACCAAGCGGAAAGAUUCGUUUAUGUCUUUUCCAAGGCAUGACAUUCCUACAUCUUGAGUCAUUAACUUUAUUGGUUGGUAUUAGAACUACACUAUACGUCGAACGCGAAAUGAGCGAUGCAAAACGCAGGACUAAGCAACAUGUUGGGGUGAAGGACCCGAGGCUCGACAAUCGUUCAGGGAACUGUUCAAGAAUUACAAAGGUGCGAUCCACUGAAGCGUCUCGGUCCUCCUUCGACUCUGAAGUGUCGCAACCAUCCCUGAAAAGUACCGCAGGAAAAAUGCAGAAACUACAGACCACUAUAACCCCUUUAGGGAAGGAAGCUUUCAGAGAGGCUGUAGAACUGACCGUCUGUGCUGACCAUGAACACUCCUUUUAUAAGGAGAUUAUAACACUCAGAGUUCAUGCAGUUACAUAUGAGGCCUUGGUAAUUUUUAUGAGGCUUAAUUACCACCGUAAAACUUAUUCACCUUUUUCUGCAUUCGUCAUGCAAAACGAAAAUGUAGAUGGAAGGAAUAUUACAGUGGUUGUCGUGGUUAUCCUAGAAUAUUUUCGCAAUAAGCUCUACUUAAGACGUAAACAGCGAGGAAACUGCAAGUUAAGGAAGGAAAAUGUACAAAGAAAGAAAAAGGCGAACAUUGUCAUGGAAGAUAGCCAAGUGAAUCCAGGAAAAACUAUAAAUUUUUUGGUGCAGUCGGCUCCUUUAUUAUAUUCCAUAGCAAGAGUACGACAUCUAGAGAAGGACUACCUUACUGUUCUGAUUUUAAUACUGGCAGCAGUCCAGCAAGCUAGGCGACACGAUUCGUCGAUGGCUCUCUACUGUCGCGCAAUUGGGAAAUAUCCACUUGCAUCCUUGACAGGCAGAAACGAGUUUAAUUUCUUUUGUCUGCGUGCAUUUUAUUUUUGGAUAAUAUCUUCAUCUGGCUGUAUCAACAGAUCGGUAGCUCUAGCAGCGAAUAUAACAAAAUUUGAUAUGAACAGAGUUGAACAUCGUUUGGCUGAAUUUCGAGCACGAAAUUUUAAUGGCUCUCAAAAACCGACUUCACCAAGUCAUUCUGCUGCUUCUGUUGUUGAACAGCAAUGUGUUAGAGAGUCCUUCGCUUUGUCUGCCUUCCGAAGGUUGUUCGAUCUGGAUGUUUUAGACCUGUUACCCUUCCGUCUUUGGCUAAACUUUCGUGAUCGCUACCCAAGGCUUUGUUUGUAUUUAACAAUUUCGAUUUGGGGAUUUGGUUCUGUAUUCUUCCUUUUUUCCACAUUCUUUUUUAUCUUUCUUACCCUUGGUCGGCGUCACGCUGGGGAAAUGAGUGCUUAUUCUGUCUUCAAUCCUGGCUGUGAGAGAAUUUCGGGAACUUUGACUGCAGAGCAUUGUUCUGAUGGUCAAGUACAGAUGUUAUUGGAUGAAUUCUGA